UGCUUUCUUUGAAGAACUGCUUAUACUAAUUUCUUGAUUCCACACUUCUGGAAGAAGACAGCUUUCAACAAAUAAUCUUCCAGGGACUCAUAACUGCUCAACUGAACUGAAGAUUCCUUUUGAACCCCUGACAUGAAGCUCAAUUUAUUCGUCACCACCGUGGUACUGCUCGUUGCCUUCUUACCGCGCCAUGAAUGUAGGGCUAUCGAUAGCCCUGGCUCUGUCCAGCGCGCCACCGCUCCAGAGCCGGACGCGCCGUCUCUUCCCCUUCUUACGCGGCUUGGAGAGGAAUACUACAUCCGACUGGGCAACGGGAACCGCAACUCGGCUGCAUCCGAACCGAAAGUCAUGAACCCCGAGGGCUCCUAUAACCAAGGCUUGCAGCUCCAGCUAACGCAGCGCCUUCUACAAAGCAAAGUUGGGAGCAUCAGUAGGUUCAUCAGCGGCUUGGCGAACCAGCUCGACGACUCGGUAGAGAGGGGGAGGAGGUCCGAUGAUCCGCCGAUAUCGCUAGAUCUCACGUUCCACAUGCUCCGACAGAUGAUGGAGAUGUCCCGAGCUGAACAGUUACAGCAACAAGCCCAUAGCAACAGAAAAAUGAUGGAAAUUUUCGGGAAAUAAAAACUACAUCCAUAUAGCCGCCAAAGAUCUGUUUUUAGUACAAAAACCACAAUGUUCAGAACUAUAGUGCUGCUUCUCCAUACUAAUUUAUAAGUAGGCCUAUUUAUUUUAUAGAUUCAGAUGUUUGCGACCAAAUGGGCUUGUACAUGACUUGUGUAAUUAUCAGACUGUAUAUCAUGCAAGGAAAACAAUGUCUUAAUUUAUAUUAGGCUACUGUCGUGAAAGUGCACAUUCAAAACUGUAGCAUAUACAAAUCUGUCAAUACACGGUUUAUUUAAGAUAUGGAAAUAUUUUUGCUCGACAUUAUAGGCUUACAUUUCAUUGUAUGUUAUCUUUUUUCAGUUUGUUAAUAAACUUUUGAGCAACCAGUCAGUUUUUGUUGUGCAAGAGAAUGUCUUAUAUUUCUAUUUUUCAAUAAAAUCUGAAAAGUUA